AUGGCGCAUCCAGACGAGGGAAAGAACAUCACGCCUGACGAAGGCUCUCCGCAUGGAGUCUCUCGAGAUGUCGAUCCUGAGAAGCUCCAAGACCCGAAGAUGCAGAAGCUGGCGGGCGAGAUCACGUACACAGAUGAGGAAGAUCCGAUCAACAGGCAACAUAACCCGCUGGCGCAAAAGCUGCGAUCCCGUCAUAUGCAAAUGAUAGCGAUCGGCGGCUCCAUCGGCGCAGGUCUAUUUGUCGGUUCAGGCGGUGCCUUGCGAACUGGUGGACCGGCCAGCGUUUUGCUCGGCUUCAUGAUCGUUGGCUUCAUGUUGCUGUGCACUAUGCAGGCCCUGGGUGAACUCACGGUCCUGUUUCCGGUGAACGGCGCCUUCUAUACCUACAUCGUCCGUUUCGUCGAUCCGGCCCUCGGAUUCGCCGUGGGCUGGGACUACGCAAUCGGCUGGCUGACGGUCCUGCCGUUCGAACUUACAGCUGCCUCCAUCACGAUUGAAUAUUGGCGAACAGACAUUCACGUCAGUGUCUGGAUCACCAUUUUCCUGGUCUUCCUCUGCAUCGUUCAGAUAUUCGGUGUUCUAGGAUAUGGCGAGGUGGAGUUCGUGCUAGCCAUGAUCAAGAUUGUGGCCUGCGCUGGCUUCAUCAUCUUCGGCAUUGUCGUGGACUGUGGUGGUGUGUCAUCCGACAAUCGUGGUUAUAUCGGGGCCCGAUACUGGCAUGACCCGGGAGCCUUCCAGAACGGAUUUCACGGCUUCUGCAGUGUCUUCGUCACAGCUGCAUUCGCUUUUGGCGGGACUGAGCUUGUCGGGCUCGCAGCCGCAGAGGCAGAAGACCCGCACCGUUCGCUGCCCAAAGCUACUCGCCAAGUGUUCUGGCGGAUUGCCACCUUCUACGUGCUGUCGCUGUUCAUUGUCGGUCUGAUCGUUCCAUCAGAUAGCCCAGACCUGCUCGGUGCGAGCGGCGCCAACACCAAAGCCUCGCCUUUCGUCCUGGCCAUCCGGUAUGCCGGAGUCAAGGGUCUGCCAUCUGUCUUCAACGCAGUCAUCACCAUUUCGGUCAUCUCUGUCGCCAACAGCUGCACGUAUGGUUCGUCUCGAACGAUGCAAGCUCUCGCGGCGCGCGGCAUGGGCCCCAAGUUCUUGAUGUAUGUCGACAAGAAAGGACGCCCGCUAUGGUGUAUCCUGGUGCAACUUCUGUUUGGCUGCCUCGCGUACAUCGGCGAAGCUCACGCUUCCGGCACCAUUUUCACCUGGUUGUUGGCCUUGUCAGGUCUGAGCUUCUUCUUCUUAUGGCUCAGCAUCAACCUCUCACAUAUCCGUAAGUACGCCCAUGGAUUCACGAAGCAGCAGCUCCCUUACCGAGCGGCCUUCGGCAUCUGGGGUUCCUACAUAGGAGUCACGCUGAAUGCUCUCGCGAUCAUCGCCACGUUUUAUACUUCAUUGUACCCCGUCGGUUCGGAUCCAGAUGCAGAAGUCUUCUUCGAGAACUUUCUGGCCGCUCCUAUCGUCAUAGCCCUGUAUAUCUUCUGGAAACUCUACUCUCGGGAUUGGAAGCUGUUCGUCCGCGCCAGUGAGAUGGACGUGACUACUGGUGUCAGGAGGGGAAGUCUGGAGAUUGCCGCGGAGAGAGGUCGUGACGGAUGGAAGAAGGCACUCCGAGUGUUCUUCUAA